AUGAACUUUGAUCAACUUACAGAAGAGCAAAAGCAUCAUUUAUACCUACAACAUUUACAACAACAACAGCAACAGCAGCAACAACAGCAACAACAGCAACAACAGCAGCAACAACAGCAGCAACAACAGCAGCAACAACAGCACCAAUAUUCUCAACUUCAACAACAUCAACAACAAAAUCAUGAUUUAAGUUAUAUGGAAGAAGAUACAAUAUAUCCAAUGGAACAACAACAAUUACACAUCCUGGACUCACCUAUUCGGCAACAACCACAACCACAACAAAUUUUAUCCUCUCCAAAAUUUAAUCAUUAUGAAGAUUUCAAUCAAAAUCAACUUCAACAUAAUAAUAAUAAUAAUCAAUUUACAUCCAUUGAUUCAAUGAAUUUUCAACCUCCAAGUAAUAAUUUUACCCAAUUAAAUAAUAAUUCAAAUAGUAAUUUAUCAAAUACAACAGGUACCAAUAGUUUAGUUUCAAAUGAAUUAAAAUUUGAAAAUGAAAAUAAUCAUAAUACACCACCACCUCAAAACAAACCAGUAUUUCAAACGCCUCCAACAACUAGUGGAAGUUAUAAUCAAAGCUCAAAUUUUGUUAGGAAUCCACAAUCACUUACUAAAUCAACUAGAGAUAAAGCAGCUGCGGCCAAAAUUAAAUUGGAAGCUUAUUAUACUGAUGCUGUCCAUUUAGCAGUUGAAAGAAAUCAAAGAAGAUUAGAUUUAGAGAAUAAAUUACAAAAUGAACAAAAAUUAUCAUCUGAAGAAAGGAAAAAUCGACAAUUGCAAAAUUUAGGUAAAAAAGAGUCACAAUUUUUAAGAUUACGUAGAACUAAAUUAGUAUUGGAAGAUUUUCUUACAGUUAAAGUUAUUGGUAAAGGUGCAUUUGGUGAAGUUAGAUUAGUUCAAAAGAAAGAUAAUGGGAAUAUAUAUGCUAUGAAGACUUUACUUAAAUCAGAAAUGUUUAAAAAAGAACAAUUGGCUCAUGUUAAAGCCGAAAGAGAUGUUUUAGUAGGUAGUGAUUCACCGUGGGUUGUUUCAUUAUAUUAUUCAUUUCAAGAUUCACAAUAUUUAUAUUUAAUUAUGGAAUUUUUACCUGGUGGUGAUUUAAUGACAAUGUUAAUAAGAUGGCAAAUUUUUACAGAAGAUAUUACAAGAUUUUAUAUUGCUGAAAUUGUUUUAGCUAUUGAAGCUGUUCAUAAAUUAGGUUUCAUUCAUAGAGAUAUCAAACCAGAUAAUAUUUUAAUUGAUGAAAGAGGUCAUAUUAAAUUAUCUGAUUUUGGAUUAAGCACAGGCUUUCAUAAAACUCAUGAUUCAAAUUAUUACAAAAAAUUAUUGGAAAAAGAAUCACCAACUAAUUAUCUUCAGCCGAAUCAAUUAACUCCUAAUGGACCUGGUGGUAGAAAUUCAAUGAUGAUGGUUGAUUCAAUACAUUUAACCAUGUCAAAUCGUCAACAAAUGCAAACAUGGAGAAAAAGUAGAAGAUUAAUGGCUUAUUCAACUGUUGGGACACCUGAUUAUAUUGCACCUGAAAUUUUUAUUCAUCAAGGUUAUGGUCAAGAAUGUGAUUGGUGGUCUUUAGGUGCUAUAAUGUUCGAAUGUUUAGUUGGUUGGCCUCCAUUUUGUGCAAAUACACCACAUGAAACUUAUAGAAAAAUUAUACAUUGGCCUGAAACUUUACAAAUUCCAGAAGACGUUCAUUUAUCACCAGAAGCUGAAGAUGUAAUUAAAAGAUUAAUGUGUUCUGCUGAAAACAGAUUAGGAAGAUAUGGAGGUGCUGAUGAAAUUAAACAACAUCCGUUUUUUAGAGGUGUUGAUUGGGAUACUAUUAGAAAAGUUGAUGCUCCAUUUAUACCCAAAUUGGAUAGUAUAACAGAUACAAGAUUUUUCCCAACUGAUGAAUUGGAAAAUGUACCUGAAAAUCCAGCAUUUAUAAAAGCAAUGGAAUUAAGAGAUCAAGAAAUGAAAAAUGGUGGUGGUGGAAAUGGUAAUAAUAAUAAUGUUAGUAAUGAAUUACCUUUUAUUGGCUAUACUUAUUCAAGAUUUGAUUAUUUGACUAAAAAAGGUGCAAUAUAA